AUGGCCAUUGUUCGCAGGAUGAGCACCACAGCGAAGACACCGACCGACUUUCUGAAAGCCAUUCGCGGUCGACCAGUCGUCGUGAAACUGAACUCUGGCGUCGAUUAUCGAGGAAUUCUUGCAUGUCUGGAUGGCUACAUGAACAUUGCCAUGGAACAGACGGAGGAGUAUGUGAAUGGACAGUUAAAGAACAAGUAUGGCGACGCCUUCAUCCGUGGAAAUAACGUUCUUUACAUCAGUACAACAAAAGCUGUAACGGAUGCUCAAUGA